GCCUUAGAUAUCAUCGCAGGCAGACGUAAGAGCGGGAUAGUCGGGGGUGAAGUAUGGGCCAUGGGGGUCAAAGUAAAGGGCCAAACCCUCAGGCAGAAUGUGGGCUUCGUCGACCAAGAGUACACACCUAUGGCUACGCUGACGGUCAGUGAGUGUCUGAUGUACUCCAGCUUGCUGCGUUUGCCUAACAACACGAGCAUGAGGGUUCGAAAGGAUCGAGUGGAGGCGGUUAUGAGGGACGUGCGAAUCACACACGUUGCUGAUAAUAAGAUAGGUGUGCGUACUUAG